UGUGGCCCUGAAAACUGGGAGAGAGGGAGGGACCCAGCCCGGGAACUGGGGGUGAGGGAGGAUGCUGAGGCAGGCACAGCCCUCGGGUGCAGGCAGAGGGAUGAGCAGAGUGCCCCAACCCUCCCGUGUGGCACUCUCCCGACUUCAACCUGGGGAGACACCCCCUCUCCCCCUUCCCCAACAUGCCUAGCUCCAGGCACCCCCUCACCAGACGCACCCUCGUGGCCAACAGCCCUCGUUUAGGCACGGCUGGUACUUCUUUGGCAGGACACCGGACGCUUGUGCGGCCAGCUGGGCUCUGCCAGCUCCAUCCCAAAAUAGACCCCCGAGGAACGUGCCCCUCCGAGGGGGCCCAGAUGGCCCAUGGAGGAGUCAGAUGAGGAUGGGGAGGACAACGAGGAGUUUCUGGAGAGGCUGAUAGCACAGACAGGCCGGGAGAUGCCGCAGCGGGAGCUGGAGGAGCACUACGCCGUGCUGGAGGAGCUGGGCAGCGGGACCUACGGCCGCGUGGUGCUGACAGAGCCCCUGGAUGGUGGCCCACCGGUCGUCCUCAAGCUGAUGCUGAAGGAGCGGACGGAGUGGCGGGCAUUCCUGCGGGAGUAUUGCAUCGCCCUGUGUCUCUCCAGCCAUGCCGCCUGCCUGCGUGCCCUGCCCAUUGCCUUCGAGAGCACCACGCACUUUGCUUUUGGGCAGGAGCUCGCUCCCGCUGGGGACCUGUGUGCCCUCCUCAACCCGGGGGAGGGCCUGGCAGAGGAACUGGUGAAGCGCUGCGCAUCCCAGCUGGCCGAGGCGCUGGACUUCAUGCACAGCCGUGCCCUGGUGCACCGGGACGUCAAGCUGGACAAUGUGCUGCUCUUUGACCACGAGUGCCGGCGGGUGAAGCUGGGUGACUUCGGACUCACACGCGUGCAGGGCUCGGCAGUGGGUGCCAUGUCUGGUACUCUGCCCUACUCCCCUCCAGAGCUCUGCCUGCUCCAAGGCUCCGACACACUGGAGCUGGACUCUAGCCUGGAUGCCUGGGCCUUCGCCAUCCUGCUCUUCUGCCUCUGCACCGGUUGCUUCCCCUGGGCCAUGGCCGCCAGCUCAGACCCCGAGUUUGAGGACUUCAGUGCCUGGCAGGGUGGCACAACAGGACGGGGGGUACCGGCAUCCUGGCGAGGCUUCAGCUCUGGGGCUCUGGAGAUGCUCCGGCGCCUGCUGACCCUAGACCCUGACCGCCGGAGCCCGGCCAUCGAGGUGCAGAAAUACCUGUCCCUGCCCUGGGUGAUGCCUCCAAGUGCUGGGGAGCUGGUGCUGAGCAGCUCCCAGCCCCCCCUUACCAGCAGCACAGGGGAGAGCCUGGGGGGCACCGGGGAACGGGAUGUUGCCAGUGGGGGAGUUGGGGUUCCUGCGCCCCCCGCUAACACUCUGGCCCCACGCCGGUAGCCAGCAUCUCCCCUCCAUCCCGGGGCUGGUGUCGUGGCGGGCCCUCCCCGGGGGUCUGGGCUCCCUCUCUGAUGUCCAAGGCUUUUGGUGACUGCAAGAGUGGGAAGGAGAAUUGAAGCCUUGGGCAGCACGUGGAGGCCCUGCCACUGGACACCCAGCACCUUUGCAAAUUGAUGUCACUUGGUGGUGGUGUCAACAGCCCACCCAAAUGACUGUUGCACAGCUCUGAGGUACACGGGAGAAACUGAGGGCAGAAGCAGCUCACGUGGUAACAGAGAGGAAUGGCAGGAGAGCAGCUAACUAGAAAUUAAACCUGUUAGGGCCGAUGGGAGAUCUUGUCAGGGACAAACAGUGAAACUGCUCAGCAGAGAAACACGGGAACACGUCUGACCUUGACCUUCUUCCUGCACAGUAGUGAGGGGGAGGUUGUCACAGGCUGCUGUUAAUUAGGGAAGGUGUUAAUCAGCCUCCUGGGGGUAACUGCUGUAAUUAGGGAGAGAUGUUAACCAGACUCCUGGGGGGUUAAGGAGCUGGGGAAACAAAUGUUAAGCCCUCAAGGCAUGAAGCUGAACUGGAGUGUGAUGGGGCUGGGAGGGGCUGCCAGGUGGAUCUCUAGGACUUGAGAUACAACAGGACAAACCUGAGAUCAG